AGCUUAUUCACGUAAACGUCGUGGUGUUUUAACAAGUUUCCGUGAAACUGAAAUGAAUAAAGAGAAAUCGUCUUCUAGUCAGCAUGAAAAUCAAUCGAUUUUGAGUCGUAGUGAUUCCAGUGAAACAGUCGAAUCAUCUUCAUCAUCAUCUUCUUCGAAAAUUCCUGUUAUACAAUUUAGACGAUUACAAAAAGAGGUAUUCGAAUGUAAUCGUGUUGGAAAUCGUAUCCUGAAACCACCAGUUUGUGCUGAAAUAAUUUGUCAUGUGAAUGAAUUAGUCAAAAAUCGUCCAGUUUUAGUGAAAGUCACUGGAUGGUUAUGGGCGCGUACACUAUUCGCAAAACAUAUAUCCGAUGUUGAUCUUGUCACAAUUAUCUCAGUGAAUCAAGGCAUUCUGCCAAAAGGUGUACAACCAGCUCAAGAACCAGUUGGUCAUUUUUAUUUAUCACAAACAUUUUUCUUUCCACAAAUUCGUCCAAAAUUAUUACAUCAAAUACCAAUUUGGCCAAUUAUUGUUGGAAUUGUUUUAGGUGUACUGGUGUUGUAUUUAUUAAUUAUUCUGCUGUAUUUAUUAGGAUUCUUUCAUCGACGUAAAACAGAAUUACGUAAAGCUAAAUUUACAAAAGGUGGUGCUGAAGAUAUUUAUCAAUUUGAACAAGCACAAUUAUUGAUCAAUGAUCAAAAUAAGUCGAAAAAUACUACUACUAAUACUACUACUAAUAAUAAUCAUCAUAGUAAUCAAUAUCAACAUUCAGAUGGUCAUACCAAUGUCACGCCACCAGUGCAACCAACAUCACCAUUAUUGAAUAAUGAUAGUAAAAGUCGAAAACGAAUGAAGAAAAAGCAUAAACAUGAACUGAAUAUUUUACAUCCUGGUGAUUUAUCACCAACUGGUACAUUGACAAAAAACACUAGUCGUGAUGAUCAAAAUGAUGAUGGUGAUCACGAUCACUAUCACGAUCGCGAUCAUGAUGAUGACGAAGAACAACGGGAUAAAGAUGAAUUAGAAAAACAAAAUCUAAUCACAGAUUCAACUACUAAAUAAUAAUAAAAAAAUUUAAUGUAUUUUCUAAGUGUUUAUAUGUAUGAUUGUGUGUGUGUGUGUGAAAGCUUGCGCGCGCGCGCGCUCACGAAUUGAAUAUUGGUCAACUUAUACAGCUUUUAGUUUGUCUUCCUUGUUUCGGUGCUUAUAUUCUCCCUCUCUCUCUCUAUCUCUCUAAAAGUUUAUACAUCUAUUGUGAUAUACUCAUAGAUAUGGUUUUUGUGGACGCCAUCUUGCACCUAUCUCUCCCCACAUAUAUAAUAUUUAUUAUUAUUAUCGGUGAGAUUAUUUAACACUGAACUCUCUGCUUUUGUUCAAUAUGAUUUCAUGUUAUGCUUACUGAUUGAUUGACUGACUUAAACUCUUCACUUCAUUUUAGUUGUUCUUCUAUGGAGGAUAUACUAUUCAAAAAAAUAGACAACAGAUAAAAUGUGUUUAUAAAUUAUUAUUUUUUAUUUUGCUGAAAAAACUAUAUUUAUUCCCUGGUCUCUGUCUCUUUCUUACUACGCAUUCACUCAUACUCUUACUCUACUUCUUUCCUGUCAAUAUUGUCUCAGUUGAUUUUAUUGAGCGAAUGAAUGGAUGAGUGAAUAUUAUGAAACUUGAAAACAAUGUGUAACAGUGAUAAACUUCCUUUCUUAUUAGUCUAAUUCUACUCUGUUCUGUUCUGUUCUGUACUUUUUUUUCUGUUUAAAUUAAUAGCUUCGGGUUUAAUUUUUACUGCCCUAUUUUAAACAAAACAAGAUCAAAUGAUUUUUGAGUCAGCCAUAUUCCUGUCAGUAAAUCUGUGGCAAACAACUGAUCCAGUCAGUCAUAAGAGUUCAGUAACAUUUAUUUAUUAUUGCAACAAAUAGAUAGACAGAUCGAUAAAUAUAGACGUUUACACACACACUAACGAACCUGUCAACAACAUAUGGAAAUCUUUUUUCCUACUGAGUAGUAGUAAUAAGUAGUAUAUUUAAUAAUACUAAAAUUAAUGAACUGUUUUUUUAACGGAGACGUCAGCAAAACAGAUCAGUGUGUGUGUGUGUGUGUUUGGGAUGAAAUUUUGAUUUGUAGUAUUAUCAAUUUCGUUUUUGUGUUUAUGUGGUUCGUUUUUUCCGCUUUGGUUUUGUUUUCAAAAAAAUUAUCGAUCAUUGUCGACAAUGUGAUGCUAAAAAUGUAUGUUGAUAAAGAUUGAGAAAUAUAGUUUUUUCU